AUGAUAACAAAUACAAAUGGUGUAGCAUACAAUAUAUAUCACUUUUUAUGGUUUAAGGAUGAAUCGUUAUUAAAAGAGUCCUUUCAAAUAAGAAUACCAGACACAUUAAUUUAUAAAAAUGGAGUCCCUCAAGUUUGGUAUUUUACCAGUAAGGAAGGUGAGAUUAUGACAAAGAAAUCUGAGGCCAGAAAGUCUGAAAAUCUGAUUAAGCAUUUUUGCUCAGGUGAUAAGCCGAAUGGAUAAGUUAUAGCCUACUAUAUAUAUCCUCAAAAAUAUAAUCAUUCAGAUCCUAAAGAAGAGAAAACCUUUCCAAGUCAAUCAAAAAAGGCUAAGCCUCUCUUAGACUUUGAUGAAAAGAUCUGCAUAUAUUAUUUAACGAAACAAAUGUUUCCUGAUUUCGUUAAUUCACCAAACAAACCACCUUCAGGGAUUCUAUAAAAGUUUAUAGAACCACUAGGAAAUCACGAGUCCUUGAUCCAAGCAAUUUGGAGUCCCUCAGUGUGCAUACUUUCAAAGAAAUAAAACAACCGAGAUUUAUAUGAUAUGGCUUAUGAUCCUUAUGAAAGAUGUACAACUUUUGAUGGAGGAGAAGCCUAUUCCAGAGUGAUUCCUUUAAGGGGCAAGGAGAUUUCAUAGGAAAUAAGAAAACAAUGCCAAAUGAUCGUUUAAAAGAUAACAAAUUUGAGCUAUGGACAGACGAACUUAUCCCGAAUUGUGUUUUAUUUUAAGGCCGACUAAAAUAAUAAAGUGUGGUUUUUAUAUUCAUCCUCAAUAAGAAUAUAAGGAGAAGCCUAGUCACAAAUAAAGUUAUAUCAGCCUCUAUGGGGUAAUGUUAAUGUGAAAAAGAAUAAUACUCCAAUUCCAUUUAAUACUAAUUUCCAGAAACCGUAUUCAAUAAAGAAUAUGCUGACUGUAAACACAAUGCACCCAGUAGCUUUGAUUAAGGAUAUAGAAUGUUUUGAGUGUGGAGUUUUAUGUUAAUAAAAAGAUCUAUACCAUUUGACUUAUGAAUAUAUCAUCAAGCAUUUUGACUAAGAUGUAAAUUAACACCCUCUUGUGAAUAACAUAGAAAUAAUUAAGCCUAAAUCCUUUUUGUAAUGUGAGGGUCAUCUAAGAGAUAUUCAUUCACAUAUCCCACCUCUUAUUUUAAAACUAUAUCCCCAUUUGACAGUGCAAAUAUUUGAAUAAUUAAAAGUGAAUGAUGCCUUUUUAAUCAAAUCAGUUCUCAUUUGCGAGAGUUGUUUUUUGAAAUACAGUGAAUCAGAUCCAGGAAUCUCUGGAGCCAAACUAAGAGUCUCUAAAUAAUUAAGGAGAAUUGUUAAAUAAUAACCUUCUAAAAGCAUUCUAAAUAGAAGGCCGGAUUUGAAAGAAUUUUUAAUUGAAACUAAUUUAGAACUUUUAAAAUACAAAAAUGCUCAUUCAAUUAGCCAACCAAAGGAAGUGUAAUCUAGCAGUCAUGCCACAACUUCAUUCUUACACUCGUUUCAGAAUGUCACUCAAAGUACGAAUAUGGGGAGAAGUCCUUCCUUAAAGCAAUUCAGAAAUCCGACAGAGCCAGGAUAUAUUAGAUUACAUACUGCAAAAUGA